AUGCCUCUGAACUCCUCUGAUGACAACCGGACCACCUCUGCGUUCACCUCCAAACUGACCCCGGCCGCUGACACAUGUGUGGGACUGACCAUCCUCUGCGUCGUUCUGCUCUCCAUUCUGGGCAAUGGGCUGGUUCUGGUGAUUUGCUACCGCAGGAGGAAGAAGAUGGCGGGCUCUGAGCUGCUGUGCGUCAACCUGGCCGUGGUCGACUUCCUCUGCUGCAUCUGCUUCUACCCGCUCUCCAUCCUGUCAUCCUUCCACCACGCGUGGCUGGGAGAAAACAUCACGUGCGUUUACUACGGCCUCGGCUGCUACAUCUUCGGCCUGUGCGGCAUGUUCACCAUCGCCGCCAUCAGCAUCAUCCACUACCUGAAGACGUGCUACAGCUUGGUUUACGCUGUGUGGUUGGAGGGAGCCAACAUCCGGAUAGCGUGCGUUGGCAUCUGGCUCGUGGCCACGGUGUGGUCCAGCCUGCCUCUGUUCGGCUGGGGGGAGUACGUCCCGGAGCCUUACGGACUGUCCUGCACCAUCGCCUGGAGGGGUUAUCACACCUCGGCCAAGGACGCCUUGUACGUCAUCUGCUCCUUCGCCUGCUUCACGCUGGUUCCCGUCCUCCUCAUUGUGGCGUCCCAGUGUCAGAUCCUCUACAAGGUGUCCCGCUUCUCCUACUCGCUGUCUGCGAGAGGCAUCCCCAACAACCUGCGCCACGCUGAAAAGCGACUCUCUGUGAUGUUUUUCUGCAUCAGCCUGGGCUUUGUGGUUGCCUGGGCCCCGUACGCCAUUGUGUCCUUCCUCUUCAUUUUCCACAAGGAGAACCGGUACAUGGCUCCCGAGGGCUUCGUGUUCCCCGCCCUCUUCGCCAAAAGCUCCCACAUCUACAACCCGUUCAUCUACUUCUACUUCAACAAGACUUUUCAGCAGGAGCUUCGCCGCCUGCUCCUCUCCUUAUGGCCCAAGCUGGGAGGAAACCGAGUCGGGGUCCACACCGCCACGGUCCUCCAAGCGCCGUCUCAUCCCAUCCACAUCCAGCUUCAGGAGAGAGGCUGCGUCCAAAAGAAGAACUUUGGCUUGUCUCAGGACAGAACUUACAGCAACAGCAAAGGCAGCAACCGUGUCGUGGGCAGGCCGGUGUACGCCUGCUGGGGCUCGAAGAACGCCCCCUCCCCCUUGGACAAUAAAUCCGCCAAAGACUCCCCGUCUGUCUCUAUAUGA